CUGACACCUGAACACCGGAACGUGUUGCGGGCUGUCAAGUGAGUUUCAGAUGGAUCUGCUUCUGUUCCUGUGACGUCACAAAAGCUAAAACCUCCAAAGCAGGUGGGACACGUGGUCAUCCCGGGUGUCCCGGGACAAGAUGGAGACCCAGCACACACACCCAAACCUCCCUCCUCUCUCGCUCUCUCUCUCACGCACACACCUGCGGGGCUCCUCCCCCUCGGUUUGCAGGUGUGUGAGCAGCAGGAGGUGCGCAGAGCUCCGAAACCGAUCCUCCGCGCUGUGCUCCGGUGCUCGACCCGCAUAGCCUCGGUUUCCGUUUGCGCACUCCCGCAGCCGCCGAGCGCGUCCCGCCGCUCGGAGCCGAACAAACCGGUUCCUCCGGUCCGCCCGCCGGCGGGGCGGGAUGUUUCCGGAGAGGGGCAGGCGCGAGCGGCAGGCGCGUGCGUGCUGGAGGACGCAAUUCGGUGAGAGCGACGGGCCGCGGCGGGCACAGACCUGCGCGUGCCGGGAUGGAGAGCUGCUGCCGCGCGUGUUUGCCGUGCUGCUCGUGCCUCUGGGACCGGAUAUGGCCCGGCCUCCGGUACCCCGAGCCCCGCGACCGCGACCACGUCAUCGCCAACCCGGCUGCGCACGCGGCCGAGAUCCGCACCGUGUCCGGGGACAUCCGCGUCCCCGCGCCCAAGAAGCGGCCCGCGCAGCUGUACGCGGCGCUCUUCGACUUCGAGGCCCGCAGCGACGACGAGCUGACGGUUAAGGAGGGCGACAAGCUGUCGGUGAUCGAGAAGCGCGGAGACUACGUGCUGGCCAAGAAGCUCACCGGGAGCCUGGAGUCCGGCCUCGUCCCCGCCAACUACGUGGCUCUGCUGCAGGACGAGUUCGCCAAACACAAGUGGUACUACGGGAACAUAAACCGUGGGAAAGCGGAGAAGCUGCUGCUCGCCUCCCAAAACAAAGAUGGCGCCUUCCUGGUUCGCAUCAGUGAGAGUCACAGUGACGAGUACACUAUCUCUGCUCGGAGCGAGGGGAAAGUGUUCCACUUCCGGGUCCAGCGCUCCUCCAUCGGAGCGUACUUCAUCUCGGAUAAGAUCUCUUUCGCCACACUGGGAGAGCUCAUCGCCUACUACCAGAAAAACUCUCGUAACCUCGGCGUGCUGCUGGAGGAGCCAUGCGCCCAGCAGCGGGAGCUGUUCGACAUGGAGCCGUGGGAGAGGCCCAGAGAGGAGUUCAGGCUCCAGAGGAAACUGGGAGAAGGUCACUUUGGGGAGGUGUGGGAGGCUUUCUGGACCACAGAGAAGAGGAAGGUGGCCAUAAAGACGCUCAAACAAGAGGACACAAAGCAGGAUGAGUUUGUGAAGGAGGUGCAGGCGCUGAAGAGCCUCCAUCACCCGAAGCUCAUCCAGCUGCUGGCCAUGUGCUCCCGAGGAGAGCCCGUCUACAUCGUCACUGAGCUCAUGACCAAAGGGAGCCUCAAGUCCUACCUGGCCUCUCCCGAAGGCCUGGCACUCACCUCGGCUCAUCUCAUCUACAUGGGCAGUCAGGUGGCAGAGGGCAUGGCGUACCUGGAGGACAGAAGCAUCGUGCACAGAGACCUGGCUGCCAGGAACAUCCUGGUGGGAGACGACCUCGUCUGUAAGGUGGCCGACUUUGGACUGGCUCGCAUCAUCAGGGACAGCGUGUACACAGCCAGCAGGAACACAAAGAUCCCCGUACGAUGGACGGCGCCCGAGGCGGCGCUUCACCAGCGCUUCUCCGUCAAGUCGGACGUGUGGUCAUUCGGGGUGCUGCUGUAUGAGAUGAUGUCACGGGGCAAAAUGCCCUAUGAAGGUAAAAGCAACAAGGAAGUGAUGGAUCUGCUAACGUCGGGCUUCCGGCUGCCCUGUCCAACACGCUGUCCUUCGAACAUUUACCGCAUCAUGAUGGACUGCUGGGCCAUCGAGCCCUCCAAGAGACCCUCGUUCCACGCCCUGCACAGCCAGCUGGAUUCCAUAUAUGCCAAGAUAUAUUUUAAGACCGUAGAGGUGUAGGCCGCACAGGUAUCCUCCUCCUGUACUGGGACGGAGGGGGUGGCGAAGACGUCUGCCAAAUCCAUCGGGACUCCUCAGAGGAAUCGUGAUCGACACUCGGGUUUACAGAGAGAGUGAACGGCGUGAGGGAGGCGUGGGGGUCCGCUCGUACCUGAAACGACGCGGACCCUCGGCCGAUUCGCAGAAGCGGCUCUUUUUAGUUUUCUACCAUCGGUUUUCUAAAUGAGAGUUUAUUACUUCAGUGCGGCGUCUGUCUGUGCGUGCGCACUCUGGACUCACAGGUCACGACCUGAAUGAAUGACGUGUGUUUUGAAUGCAAAGCCUUCUGGGUAAAAAUAAUUUUGUGCAAUAAGAACGCCUGCUGGGGUAUUUUAGCCACGCUAGCGGCUCGGCUCAGAGUCCGACUGCUGCCGUCACAGAGCAGCGCUCCGGUGGACUCCCACAGUCCUGAUUGGUCAGAGCGGCUUCGACAGCCAACGUUAACCAGACGUCUAUUUGUAACACGGGCAUCGAAACAUGUUUGAGACAUGAAAAAGACCCAAAUCUAUGCAGAGAAGCAGCGGCAGCCUUGCUCCUAAAAGUGUCCUCUCAGCAUUGGGGCCAUUAACGUGUCACAUGUGAUCACAGACACGCCUACACAGCACCAAAACAUCUGCCUGCUCGCUACGAAAGACCAGAAAGCCAGCAGUCAGUGUGAUUACAGUAAUGUGAUUACAGCAAUGCCCCAAACCUCUGAGAAAACCUGAUUCAUCACGCCACCGCUUCCUCCCUGCACACGUGCAGUGAAUCAGAGACGUGUUCAGGCGUCCGUGUCUUUAAUGUUAAAGUCUGCACACGCAGCCAAAGCUGCAGUCACACCUGCACACCUGUCCUCUCAGGCUGGGCCCAUGCACCGCUGCGUGCUCUGCACGGGCCCCUGGCGUGGCUGAACUCGGUUAAUCUCGUGAACCCACAGGCGUGAAGUAUUCUGUCUUCCCUCUCUGAAGGUUUGGACACGCGUUACACAUCGAAGCUCGAUGCAGCGCCACGCGUGUUCACACUCUUCUAACAGCUAGUUACAGCUCCAGUGCCUAUGUUUACAACACACACACUCUCUCACACACACACACACACACACACACACACACACUGCAGGAGGUGGACUUAGAGACGACACCAACACACACUGACAGUGACUCAGCCACACUCAGAGAACUC